AUGCCCUCCUCCUCCUCGUCCUCGGCGGAAUCAAUCCUCUUUCCGCUCAGCACGUUCCUUCUCAGCAUCUACACCCUCUCCACCGCCACGGAUGUUUUCAUCGCCAGCACAGCCCACCUAGCCCAUCGCUUGCACGUGAGCGAAACACUCAUCUCCCUGCUCACCGCGGGCGCCGAGUGGGAAGAACUCGCCGUCGUGAUCGCAGCCAUUGCUCAAGGCCGCCCGAAACUCGCCCUGGGGAAUGUGCUGGGCAGUUGCGUGGCCAACAUCCUCGGUGCUUUCUCUUUGGGCGUGUUAGCCCAGAGAGAGACGAUCGUGACGUAUGAUGUCAGUGCGAGGCUUUAUGCCGUCAUCAUGUUCGGGCUCACGACCGGUGUGGCGGUUCUCUGGGGAUUUGGGCGGCUUGAGGGACACGUGUAUGGCGCGGUGCUGGUGGUGGUGUUUGUGCUGUACAUGGUGGGCAUUGGGUGGUCGAUAUAUUGCGGCGUGUUAGCGGCGCCUCAAGGUUCUGAUGCCGAGUCUGACGCUGACGCUGACGCCAGCUCAACCUCGGAAGAAGAGUCUGCCCCCGGAGGAGAUGAGGCUCAGCACGACGUGGCCCAUCCAGACGAGACGACGCCCUUGACAACGUUUCGAUGGAGGAAACCGCCAUCCAUCUUGAGUUACCUGGUCAAGCUGGUUGUGGCCUUCGUCGCGCUCUCGCUCAGUGGCUACGUUCUCUCCCACUCCUCCAAGUCACUUGCGGCGGCAUUCCACCUUUCCGACACCGUCUUUGGCGCGACCCUGUUGGCUCUCGGCACGACCCUCCCAGAGAAGUUCGUGGCUGUGGUCAGCGGAUAUCGAGGCCACCCCGGUAUCAUGGUCGCCAACACGGUGGGCAGCAAUAUUUUCCUGCUGACGCUGUGUCUGGGGAUGACCAUUCUAAGCUCCCAAGGUCUUGCCCAAGGCUCGAGUUAUACCCAGGAAAUUGUCUGGACGUGGACCACCUCGGCCUUUUUGAUGGUGAUGAUUCUCAUUGGCACCCACAGAUUGGUCGGAUUGGCCAUGUUGCUUGCGUAUGUCGGGUUUUUGGUCCUGGAAUUCACGCUGUACAAGCCUUGA